AUGGCGAAGGCAGUCAUCUCGUCGAUCUUGCAAUCUCAGCUGGGCAGAUACGUCGAUGGGUUGGCCCCAGAAUCGUUGCAAGUGGGGUUGUGGAGCGGCGAACUACUGCUGACGAAUUUGAAGCUCAAGCCGAACGCACUCGCAGAACUGAACCUGCCCAUCCAAGUGAUUCAGGGGAGCAUCGCGAAGGUGCAUGUGCUCGUCCCGUGGAACCAGUUGGGAUCGGCGAGCGUUCAAAUCACCCUGGAAGGCAUCUAUGGGGUCGCCGUACCCAACAACGAGUUGCCGACACCCGAGGAAGUGUUGGUGGGGAUACGAAAUCGGCUGGAACGGGCCGAGUUGCUUCGGCAGCACCAACGUCACUCGACCAACUGCGAGCACGCAGGAGCGCCGAAAGAAGACGAGACGUUCUUUACUCGAUUGACUUCGCGCAUCAUGGACAAUCUGACGAUCACGAUUCGGGACUUUCACAUCCGAUACGAAGACGUGACGUCGAACCCGAGCACCCCGUUCACGUUUGGCGUGUUGUUGGAAAGUUUCUGCAUUGAAACCACCGACGAGCAUGGGACCAAGGUGUUUGUGGACCGAAGCGAAGCGCCGCCGGACAAGAUGCACAAGGUCGCGACGCUGAAAAACUUGACCGUGUAUUGGGACCGGCUGUCGCGCUCGACGUCGCUGCAGACGUCCAACACGUUCGCGGCGUCCAUGCGAAGCGUCAUUUACAGCGACUUCAAGCAACUGGAUCGGCGAUGGUUGCUGCUACCUCCAUGCUCCCUCAGCGUUCGGUUUACCAAGAACGAAAGCCAAGUGUUUACAAAGGAAAGCCCCAAGUACCGAAUUCAAUCCACGGUGCGCUCCUUCGCGCUGCACUUGAGCCGGGAACAGUACGACGAGAUGGUGUUUAUGUACUUGGCGAUGCGAAGUCGAUUGGCAAUUGAAGCGCACUUUUGGUACAAUCGGCACCGCCCGUUCCUGUCCAUCACCAACUACUCCAUUGUGUGGUGGGAUUACCUGGUGCGGUUUCACAGCAAAAACAAAAAGCUACGUUUUCGAUGGUCCGUGGUGCGCAAACUCGCGCGCGAUCGAAAGAUGUACAUGGCGCUGUACAAACAGCAUCACCUGCAGCAUAUUCCGCUGACGGUGGAGCAACUGGCGUACUUGCAGCGCCUCGAAGACAUGUUUCCGAUCGAACUGACGCUGCGUCUGCGGGACGUGGCCGACGCUCAGUUUGCCAAGACCAAGUCUGACGCCGUUUCGUCAUCGUCGUGGUUUGGGUACUUUUUCGGCGAAGGAGGCGAGUCAUCCAAGGAUGUCCAACAGGAUGUGCUGUCGGCGGAAGGCAAGGCGGAUCUCAAGCGCGCAUUUGAAGAAACCGCGGCGCUCGAACUAGCGCCAGUGCCGGAUGACUGCUGCAUUGUUGUAUUGGACCUGACGUUGCAAAUGGGGCAAGUGGGGCUGUUUGCGUACCAGAAUGUGCCGCUACUGACGAGCGAGUUUACCGGAUCGUGCUUGUUUCAAGUCCAGCCGGCGUCGCGGUGGUUGGCGCAGAUGCAACUGCGGCGGUUGAACGUGUUCAAUUGGCGGUGCGCCGACGCCUCCGCGGCCGGCCGCUUGUUUUGCACGCUUCAGGUCGAUGACGGUGGAUCAGACAAGAAGGCGCCGUUUGAGGUAUCCGUAGCCGCGACGGACGCGACGGGCAUGCGUGUGCGCGUGUCGGCCGAACCGAUCCGCGUCGUGCUGGACGCCGUGUUCCUGCUGCAACUGGCAGACUUUUUUUCGACACAUGACACGCUCAACGACGUGUGGGCGUACGCGACGAGCUCGGUGCAAAGCUACGUUUUUGCCGAGCACGAAGCCGACAUGCGGGCGGCGGCGGUGGUAGCCACCAACAAGAACAUCGUGUACGACGUUCUCGUGGACAUGAAGGCCCCGCUGGUUGUAUUGCCGGAAGACCCCACGGCGGCCCAUACGUCCAUGGUGGUGCUGGACUUGGGCCGCUUUCACGUCCGAGAUGUGCCGACAGCAGCAGCGUCUGCCACAGUGUACGCGUGGCAAAUCGACAUGACCAAUAUUGAAGUCCUGCUGCAACAACAGCACUCGUCUAAGCCAGGCGUGCCGAUCGUGCCUGGCUUCAGCGUCGGGUUCGCCGUCGAGACGUCCAGGAACUUGCAGGACACUCGCAUCCCAUAUGUGAUGGCGAAAGCAUCCAUGCCAUCUGUGGUCGUGAAUGUCGGCCAAGAGACCAUCGUAGCCCUAGGAACUCUCCACGCUCGUCUGUUGAACCAAUGCCAAAGGUACAUCAAGGCUACAUCAAAGCCAGAUAUGGCGUCAUUUGCGCCAGAGAAGGGGGAUGUUGAAACAGCAACCGACUUGUCAGUCGUACGACUAGCACCACAAGAACAAGCCAGCGUCAAGUUCCACCUUACUUGGGUCGUCGAGUGUGUCCACGUGAACAUUGACGAAUCGUUUCGCAUCAUCAUGCACGGCACGUGGUUCGACUACCAAGCGUCAAGUGCGGCCACGACCACGAUUCGAGCGAAGCUGCAGGAUCUGUGCAUGGAAGACAAGUGCUAUGCGCCGUCGUCGCCAUAUUUCUACUUGGCCCGCACCCAAGACUCGACCGACUUGAUUCAACUCACGAUUGCCACCUCCGAUGCCCCCACUCGCCAUGCCGAUGUGACGGUGGACGUCCACUUUAACGUGUUGCACUUGCAGUGGAAUCCGCCGUCGAUCAUGAUGCUGUAUACGAUGAUCUCCGCCUAUGGAAGUAGCAUGGACGACGGGGCUUGUGCGGGUAUGAUGGUCGACAUGUCGUCGUCGUCCUUGCUGAGUCAGAGCACGCUGCUGCUUGUACCCACGUCCCCCCCCACCACCACCAGUACGAUCCCCGCGUUGAAAAUCACGGCUUCGCUCAAACAAUUCAGCAUCUCAUUCAACAAGGAUGUACUGGAUCGGCGACUGCUCACGCUCACGGUAACCGACGCGUCGGUCGUAUAUGUGGGCGAGAACUCUGGGCAGUACAACGUCAAGGGGGAGCUGGGGGACGUGUCAGGUGUGGAUUCUAGCGUCGUGAAAGCGCCGAAGUAUUCGCCGUUCUUUGGCAUGGACCGAACGGCCCAUGGUUGUUUCAAGCAAGAAGGUGGUAGAUCGCCAAAGCUGGUAGUGUUCGAGUACGCCGUGCAAGGCGGCGCGAUGCUGCCCCGCCUCGCCCUCGUGCUGGAUUCGAUCCGGAUUGUGUACUUUCACCAGCAAGUGUUGGAACUGGUCGACUACUUAUUCCAAGGCAUUUUGGGCACCCUUGUCAACCAAACGCUUCUCUCUGCGACACAGUUGAUCAUGGAACCUGCCACGACGCUCAUAUUGGACAUCCGCAUCCACCGGCCCAAGAUCUUGAUCCCCAUGGAUCCAUUGGAUGUCGAGCACUUUUUACUGCAAUCAUCGCGGCUACAAGUGCAUCACACCCCCAGCACGUUGGCUUCGUACUGUUGUGGAUCUUCGCUUUUGGAGAGGGUCACCACGGCCACCACCACCAGUCACACGUUGCCAUGUGAUUUCAAGCAAGUGGUGCUCGAACAAGCGGGGCUGUACAGCACCGACGGCCGCGGCGGGUACGACAACCUCAUGGCCACGCCCUUGACGUUGGACAUUUCGAUCCUCGACAUUUACUCGACUCGAUUGAAAGACGACGACGGAUCGACUGCGCUUCCUCGGUUCUCCAUUGACUGCGUCAUGCCCCACAUGCACGUCCACAUGUCUCGGACGCAUUAUCUCAUGUUUUUCCGAAUGCUUUCCGACAACAUUGGCGGCGCAUCGCUGUAUCAGAGUGUCGCGGUAGACGACGACGACGACAUGAUCAUGGCCAAGUCUGAGAUGGCGCAUCGACCAGUGGUCGUGUACGAGUAUGCCAAUGCCGACUUGGAAGGCGCGACCAUGGCAGUGUCGUUCAGGAUGGAAUCGUUCUCGUGCUGUGCGCUCGACAUUGGGCUAACGCUGGAGACGACCAACUUGACUGUGUGUCUACGCCUCCUCAACCACAUAAAUCCAUCGCUCGACGUGAGUUUGGCGAACGCGUUCAUUUCCGACGACCUCUUGCGCUGUGAAUCGGUCGUGACCAUCCGAUACGAAUGGAGCAAUGCCAGCGAUGAUGCUGGGCUGCUGCUGGGUACGUCCUCGACGCUAGACGUUGCACUCAACCACUUGCACGGCAAGCUGAUUCCGCACGUGUUGUCGGAUAUAUCUCGCUUCUUUGCCAUGGACGCCGACGCGACCGCCGUGCAUGACGACGUGACGACGAGGCCAUGCUCGGAACCGGCAGCCCAAUCACUGGCGAAAACACCUACAUCGUUCACAAUGAAUGUGCUGGCGACGAAUGUCCAGCUGAGCUUGCCGCAGUCGUUGACGGACAAGCAACCCACCGUCGAACUCGUGGUAGCAGCCAACUUUAAUGUGGCACUUGAGAGCUUUGCAAACCACGCCGACAAUCUCGACCAAACGCUGACAUUGCAAGCAAGGGACCUCGAAGCAUUGCUGCAGAAUGCGAAUCGACAAGGAUGUAGCGAUACCCUGGUGCAGUUGAUUGAACCCACGACGGUCGGGGUGACGUAUCUGGGCUUUCAACACGCGUGCCAUCACCAAGACAAGGUCGACGUAACUGUGAGUCCCGUUGAAGUGUUCUUGUCGUACGAAGACAUGCGGGUGUUGGCAGACGUGUGGACGACCAUGCAGCACGACAUGGCACCAGCGUUCCCGUCGUCUGGGCCCACAUCUGCGACGACGUUGUCAUCUUCGAAAACGCUUCCCCUUGUCGCAGACAGCGAAGUCCAGCGCCAUGUCACAGUGGACGUCCAGCGCAUGCAGCUGACGCUAAUCAACGACUGCGACGGGUGCGAUAUGGGCCUCGUACAGCUGGAACUGCCGACGUGUCGCGUGUUUCUAAACGCGACGACCACCCACGACGCGACCACGGCCACGGGGGGCGGUGAUAUUUCAUUUGCGUCUUCGUACUAUAACCCCGAUAGCCGCGUAUGGCAUCCGCUGUGCCCGGAAUGGAAAGUGCAUGCGUCGGCGAUGACCAACAUUCCGCACGCGCCAACCACCACAGACCAGUUCAAGUCGAUGCAGUGGAAUAUCUCGGCCGACACGCUGCAUGUGACGGCAACGCACGGGUUGCUGGAAGCGCUGGCGUCGGCGGGGGGUACCUUGAUCAAGUCGAAACAACUAGACCAAACCAAGCAUGACGCGCCAUGUUUGAUUCAAAACGAGUCGGGACUGCCCAUUGAGUACUGGUGGAGUAGUGAUCCGUCGGCAAAGACUCGCGUCCAACACAAAGCCGCAGACAAUAUCCACUACGUGCAUGUCAAAGGCAAGGGCUCUGGCGUCACACGAACAUAUACGUCCAACGAUAAGGAGCACGGCACGCUCUGUAUCAACUUCGUUGGUAUGGACACCAAACCAGUUCAAGGCAUUGUGGUCGACCAGUUGGGCACGCGUCCCCAUGCCCUUGUCGAGACGUGCGGGAGUUUGUCAAAGUUGAGUGUGACUUGUGAUACCCAGCUAGUGGGGGGCCAUAUCGUGCUGACGAUUUCGUCGCAUUUGCGCGUGCAAAGCCAUUUGUCCAAUGAAAUCCAACUACUUGUGUACGACCCGACGUGGAAUUCACCCGUGGAAGUUGGCACGUUGCGGCCGUUGGAAGCCACGUACAUUCCGAUUGCGUAUUCCACGGGAUCGGAACUGCGCGUCCGACUGAACGGCUCAGAUUGGGCAUAUAGCAGCCCCAUUCCCAUCGACGCCACGAGCACAUCGACGAUUCGCGUCACCUGCACAAACGAGUCGAAAGUCGCCGUGUUUUGUGUGGCGUUGGCCAACGGCCUGAUCCAACUGUACGAGCCAUACGUUGUUGAAAACAAACUGCCCGUGUCAGUCAUGUUUCAAGUGAAAGAUGCGCAGUCGUUGCCUCGGGGGGAUGACGUGGCCGUCGGAUGCAAGUCCGCCAUCUGGUGGUGUCGAAGCACGCCCAUGUUUGCAUUCCACGUCCCCGGGUGCGACACUACCAACUGGCUCCCGCUGCUCCGUAAGCGUAACAACGACACGUUCUCACUCGGGCUCAAGCGGCUGGACAAGCAACCGCUGACGAUUUUGGUCGUUAUCUCAGAGAACAAGGCCAAAGCAACUACGAUCACGCUGUUGGCCGAGAUGUGGAUCAUCAACAAGACUGGGCUCGACUUGGUCUACGGAAAUGACCAGGACGACGCGUACACCCCCCCCAACGCCGCCCGAUCCGUGGUGGAUGGCUCCACGGAUAUUACGCUCUACUCGACGCCAACCACCCUGCGCAUCAAGAUGAUGACGCCGGCGUCAUCGUGGACUGCUCGGUUCAAGCCAGACCCCAAGCGCAUGAACUGGCAAGACGAGUGUCUGUCUGUGACCACUCGACAAGGCAAACUGCACGAGUUUGGCGUGUCGGCGGACUACGCCACGCGCCAUUUCGGGGUGCUCACGACGCUCGUUAGCAUCACCCCGCGCUACGUGGUGGUGAAUCGCACGCCAUGGACGCUUGUUGUGCUCGAGGACGACGGACUCAUGCACACAAUUGACACGGUGCACCAUGUCAUCAACGCUGGAGACGCGUACAGUCUGUGGUGGACCCAGGGCAAGCGCACGGCCAUUCGCGCCAGUGUCGUGGGGCUCAAUGGCACGUCGAGCUGGUCCGACUCGUUCAGCGUCGAUAAACCCAACACGUUUGACCUGAUCAUUCCCAACGACGAGUACUGUCCGUUCCUGCAGGUCAGUGUCAAGACGGGCGGGCUAUCGCAAGCAACUUUUGUCGUGGACAUUGUGCGCUUGGACUCGGAACCCGACGUGGAGCAGUCCAAGUGGGACAUAAUCAGCUACGACAUCAACGUGGCUGGGUUGGAUCUGACGCUGUCCGACUCGACGAAAGCGACGUCCCCCGCGUUCGAGUUAUUUGGCGGCACCGGCGUCAUGUCGGAGGACGUGGCGCGAUUCCGCAUUUCCGACAUCCGCUUCGACUCGUUCAAAGAUCGCCUCUCGACCAACGUCAGUGUCAAGACGGGCGGGCUAUCGCAAGCAACUUUUGUCGUGGACAUUGUGCGCUUGGACUCGGAACCCGACGUGGAGCAGUCCAAGUGGGACAUAAUCAGCUACGACAUCAACUACUUACUAUAGGUGGCUGGGUUGGAUCUGACGCUGUCCGACUCGACGAAAGCGACGUCCCCCGCGUUCGAGUUAUUUGGCGGCACCGGCGUCAUGUCGGAGGACGUGGCGCGAUUCCGCAUUUCCGACAUCCGCUUCGACUCGUUCAAAGAUCGCCUCUCGACCAACGCGCAUCUGGUCGUGGCAUCCAUCACUCUCAAAGACUUGCUCGUGGGGACAAAGUACCCCAACGUGCUAACCCCAGCCAAGCGAGACGCGGACUUUGUCCAGUUUACAUACAUGUCGAAGCGGCACCCCAAGUACGCGUACAUUGAAGAGCUGACGCUGUGGACCAAGGACGUGCGCGUGCAGACGUCUAUGAAGUUUAUCGACCGCAUCAACUCGGUGGUGGCUCACGUCUUGGGGCACUUUGCCUCGUCCAACACGUACUCGGUGGACCUCCUUUCGUACUUUGCCGACGACGGAACGACCGAGCAGCAGCACAACACGAUCACAGGGCGCAAGUGUUUUUUCGAACGCUGUCACAUUUACCCAAUCAACGUGGUGCUGUCGUUUGUACGCGAUAAAAAGGACGACCGGAUGGAUCCGUCGGCGGGGUUUUGGCUGUCGAAUCUCAAGUUUCGCAUCAAGGAUGCGUCGAUCGUCCUGGACGAGUACACGCUCCGCAAUGCAUUUGCCACACAAGAGUCUGUCUUGCAGGCCAUGGGCGCGUUCUACGUUAGCUCUAUCAAGGGUCAAGCGCUCAACUUGAUCGAGUCCAUCCAGGUCACAUCGCUAGUGACGGGGGUGGUCAAGGACGGCGUGUCGUCGCUCGUGUCGACGCUAAUCGGCAAAACCGACACAUCGCUGGCGUCGUCGGCGUCGUUUCGGUACGAAUCGCUGUCCAACAAUGCGAUUGUGGCCAAACACUCGGAUGCGCUCGACAAGGCCACGUCACCGACGGAUUUCGCCGGCGUGCUCAACCAUUUGGUGUACGAUUGGGAUGGCAACCACACGGGACUCGAAGCGCGGGCGUGCAUGGCGCUAGGCCUGGUCAACAACUCUAGGCAAUCGGUGGUGCUCCAAGUAUUUCUAAAAGACGGCGCCGAGUUCCGGCUGCUUCCCGCUGGCCGCAACUACGUGGCCGGGGCGUCGUCGCCAUAUUGGACAAGCGACCGCGGCCUCAUUGUGUUUGCGUGGGGGUACACGCCGACGCUCUUGACCACGGGAGAUAUAUGCCUCCAACUCCAGUCGAACGCGUUCAAUUUGUACAUUUCCAAGAGCUCGACGCGGCUCCAACCGAAUCCAGGGUACUCGGCUACGUUUACAGUGCAAGACAAGCAAACGUGGUGGUCCAAGUUUAUGAUAAUUGUCGGCGACGACUUGCCCCCAUCUCUAGAGGUUUCAUCCACGACUAGUACUACUAGUACUACUGGUGGGGUAAUCGACACGUACGAAGUGAUGUUUACCACGGAUGCAUUGGGGAUUGUGGCCAAGCAAGAUGACUACCAAACGGUCGUGGUGCGCGAAUGCUGCUACUUUUCCAACGGCCAGCCCGGCCCCGCGCUUGCCACGGGCCGCAUCACCGAAGGCGACAUGAUUCUAUCGGUGAAUGGCAUCCCCAUCAAGUCGACGCAAGCGUUCAAAGACAUUAUUGUCAACACGUCGAGGCCGAUUGUCGUGCGGUUCAAGAAGGCAUCGUUCGACUUGUUUGGCGAAGUGACACCAUCUCCCGCCGCCCACAAACCCGACCACGAGUACAGUUUGUUUGGGUAAUAUGUAACACUAAUCAUUACAUUCAACACUGCUUUUGAU